AUGGCCGCCAUCGGAGCGCGCCGGGCCACGUUCUCCUUCGCGGGGCAGCUUCUCCCCCUGCUCGUCCUCGCUUUGCUGCUCCAGGCGCCCUCCGCGUCCGCCCGCCACUGGUUCUGGUACGACGCCCUCUUCCCCGUCGGCCCCUCAGGCGAAACGAAUCCCGCCGCCGCGUUCACCGCAGAGACCGAGGGAGCGGCCGCGGGGGCUGCCGCGGCGCCGCUAGCCCCGGUGGCGGCGCCAGCGCCGGCGCCGGCUCCUGCGGUGUCGUGCUAUGACGUCCCUGCGGGCCGUUUGAUCGCGUCCGGAGCCGCGCCCGACCAAUGUGCUGCGCUGGCGGCGGAGCUGACGCGCACUGCGGGGAAAUUCGCGGGCAAGACUGGAGGGCAAGGAUUUGCGGUUCCUUCUCUCUUCCGCGCCUGCCACUCCACGUUCCAGUUCAGGAAGGACUGCGACGUGGAGGACCUGCUGUCGAUCGCGAACGCGUUUGACAAUCACUACGUGUACAAACACAUCGCCGUUGACUCGCCGGACCAGACCAACCUGCCGAGCAGCAUCGAUAUUGUCGCGGAACUGCGGAAGAUUGUCGCGAACGCGGAGGCGGGGAAGUACCCACGGCUGGUUGACGCGCACAUGGCUGCGUUCCGGGCAGUGUGGGCUCUGAAUGACGGUCACACCACGUUCAUGCCGCGAUGCUUCAUGGGAGAAUUCAACCUGCCGCUGCCGCUCAUGGCGGUUGUCGAAAACGCCCAGCAAAUCAUUCGCGUUGCGCCACGCCGAUAUAUCACUCCCAGCGGCAUGGACCAUGUUGCGAAGGUUCUGCACAAUUUUGACUUCGGCCUUUACGAAGGCCGACAGGGAUGGAAGUUCGACGGAAGACGUAGAGGUGCCAUGGAUCGGGACAGGUUUCUCGAACGCCAUCCCGCUCCAGUCUACUACGACGAUACGAGUGACAGCAGCGGCGACGAUCUGAAUGUCGAGAUUGCGUCGCUUUCUGCUGCAGCAGCAGGACCGACUGUGUACCUGGUGGGCGGCACCACGGCUGUGGUCUGGAUUCACAAGUUCAGUCCCGGCGGCGCGGUGUCGCAGGCGUUGGCGGCAGAAAACAUCGAUGAGGAGCAGUAUAUGAUUAAGGAGGUCACUAAGGCUCUCAACACCGCAGCAGCGUCAGCCCCCUCCCGUCCCCACUCCAUGUCUCAUGCUAGUACCCUGCUCUCAACUCAUCAUUCACGAGACAUGACCCCUUCCCCCCCCUCCCCGUCCCUUUUCUUCCCCUAUCUACCUUUUAACCCUGUACUCCUCUCCCACUCCUCUCCUUCCUUCUACUACCCCCUCCAGCCCCGCUCCUGCCCGUCCCCACUCCAUAUCCAACGCCUCACACAGAUCAUCAUAGACGCGCGUGGCAACGGUGGCGGCUCCGUUGCCGCAGCAUUCUCAGCCAUCCGGCUAUGUGUCCGCAUUUCCGCAUGUCCUUCCCCUUGUCUCCCCCCCUCCCCUUUCAGAUCCAACGCCUCGCAGAUCAUCAUAGACGUGCGCAGCAACGGUGGCGGCAUUGUGCAAGCAGCAUACACAGCCAUCCGCCUGCUCAUGGGGGCAGCCAAGGUCCCCAACUCUGACUUCGCCCUGCCGAUGGAUUUCAUCAUCGGCACACCAUACACCGAGAAUGCCGUCAGCGUGCUCUCUGUCGAAGAAACGCUCUACUAUGUAGGACUGUACACCGAUCUCAACGGGACCGCCCUCUCCAGCGCCUAUGGCUACGCUCCUUUCCGCAAGCUCCGCUUCACAGAGGCCGGACCUGCUGGCAACUACUCGGCGCCGAUCAAGAUAAGUCAAACUUUCACUGGGAAGCAAACGCAGCCGGUGUUUGGCAACCGCCCCUUCAUGUUCCUGUCAGACGGAGACUGCUUCUCCGCCUGCUCCAUCCUCACGCACGUGCUGGGGAAACGCCACAAAGUGCCCAUGGUAACCGUGGGUGGUUUGCCCAACCAGCCCCCUGAUGUGGGCUCCUCGUGCCUUGGGUUUACCCAACCUGACAUCUAUUCGAUGGCACCAGGCCUCACCAAACUCGCUACCGUAUUGCCAGAGAAUGCGUCACUGCCUCUCAAGGUGAAAGGGGCGGUUGGCAUGGCGUUUACUAAUGGUUACGUGGAUUCGGAGAUUCCGUGCGAGUUUGAGUUUCUGCCCAGCCAGCAUCACAUCAACUACACUGUUGAUCUCAUUGACAAGCCCUGGGCCAUGUGGAGUGAGGUGGCCAAGCUCUUUGCCUCCGCUGCUGCCUAG